AUGCCGCUGAACGUCAAUGCCAGUCAUUGGACAUGCCUCGCUGUGAACCAGCUUCAAAAAAUCAUUUACUGCUACGACAGUCUCGACAAACGCGCCUAUCAAAACUUGCUGGAAGAGUUGGCGCAAGAGCUCGUGGUCCGGAGCAUGACGGAGCCGUACGAGAUAAUAGCUGUGCACAACCCCAUCCAGAACGACGGUGACAACUGCGGUCUGUUCGUAUGCCUGUUUUUCUGGCGCCGCGUGUACAAGGAGGCACCCAGAGAUUAUUCGAAGACGGGUUGUCUACGCCAGCGGUGGGAUCUCCUUCGCAGUGUGGUGGACUUUAGUGACUCCAGCAAAAACGCAGAGUAA